AGAUCCUCGAAUCCUAGGUACCCAUUUAGAACUGUUGACAUUCUACAUCACGUAUUCUAUGGCCUGAGCCUGGGCGGGCGGCGAGGCGGAGGGGGGAGGGACACGCGAUUGGCCCGGCACACCUCAACCGAGCCUUCAGUCUGCACCCGACCGCCGCGGAGCGCGCACGUCGCUCGUCCCGCCGACCGUACUCGGCCCAUCCGCGUGUUACCACUACAUUCAUUCUUCAAUUAAAUCGAGUGUGAAAACGAAUAGUCUAUUCGAGUUUAGUUUAGACAGCCUGUGACGUCACUAACCGCCAAACUAAGGGUUGUUUUCGAGGCUACGCGUCAAUACGUACCAGUGUAAUGUAAUGAGCUCUGUUGACGGCAACCUAUAGAGGAUUUUCAGCAAAAGUAAGCAUCUGAUGUCUUCACUCUCCAGUUCUUAUUUGGCCUAAAUACAUGUACUUUUGGUAGUCUAAAAUCUACGAAGAAAUGUGGGUCAACACCCCUGUAACGCCCCGACCCGCCACCUGAACGACGCCAUGACCUCCGAAACUCCUCUCGAUGCCAAAAAGAAACAGGACGCCAAAAAGGACUGCGCCAAAUUCGCAGAAGACAAAACGAAUGAACACAAAACCAUAGAAGAAGACAAAAGAAAAAGAUCCAAUGAGCUGAUGAGGCUAGUGUACGAGCUACCUGAAGAAAUAAAUAAAGAAGUGACUGAGAAUAAUAAUAUGUUAAAAGAGAACCCACCAGUCAUGAUAGUCGAGAUAACUGAACAGAAUGGUUGUGAACCGGACACAAAAUGUGAUAAUGAUUACCUUACAGAAAUAGAUUCUAGUCCAGACUUAGGCAAUAGUGUCGUAUAUGAUGUUUUAGCUACUAAUGAACUUAUAAUGCACGCUGAGGAGUAUAAAGAAGUGAUCGUAAGUUCUUCGCCUGAAUGUGCCGAUGAAGACUUGUUAGAGUUGAAAAAGUUGAUCGAAGCUAGUCCUAAAGUGUUAGAGAGGUAUAUUAGGGAAUGUGCGAAUAGUGAAGAAGUGAAUAGACUUCAUAGUUUGACGUCGACUGCGCCGCUGUCGCCGCGGCAGCAUCAGGCGAGGAGUACGUCGGUCACGUCAGACCUGUUCCAGUUGUGGCUUUCAUCGUCGCCUGUUAAGAGAUCGCGGUCUCCAAGCGGCUCAGCAGCUCAGCGGCAGCUGGAGGAGGCGGAUCUGUUCAUGGACCUGAUAAAAGACGUCGCCAACGAGUUGGAUAUUAACGUGUUAUGUCAUAAGAUCCUAGUGAACGUGUGCCUGCUAACGUCGGCAGAUCGCGGCAGUUUGUUCCUAGCCAAAGGCACGCCACCCAACCGCUAUCUUCAAGCUAAGCUGUUCGACGUCACGAGAGACACAGACCUAACCGAAGCGUUAAAUACAGCACAAUCGCAAGAGAUCAGGAUUCCCUUCGGCGUCGGAGUAGCGGGCGUAGCUGCUCAGACAAAACAUCACAUCAACAUUAGAAACGCAUACGCAGAUCCCAGGUUCAACAGUGAAAUAGACGCCCGCACCGGAUACAAGACUGAGCUCAUCCUUUGUAUGCCAAUCUGCAACUAUGAGGGAGGGGUUGUUGGCGUCGCUCAAAUUAUUAACAAAACUGAUGGCUCCAAAGAAUUUUCUCCCCGCGACGUGGAAGUGUUCCGCCGCUACCUUACCUUCUGCGGCAUCGGCAUCCAGAACGCCCAGCUCUUCGAGUCCUCGGUACUCGAGUACAAGAGGAACCAGAUACUCCUGGCGCUGGCUAGGAGCAUAUUUGAGGAGCAAAGCAACUUGGAGUGCCUGGUCACGAAGAUUAUGACUGAAGCGCGGGAUUUACUGAAGUGUGACCGGUGCGCUGUCUUCAUUUUGGAUACGGAUCAUUGUGAAUCUAGUCACUUGGAGCGCAUAGUCCAAAGACCUGGCGGCGAGCGUUCCACGACCCUCGCUCUUCCGCCACCAGCGCCCACCAGGUUCCACACACUCUUCGAACUGGGAGCCAAGCAGUCCAGAACCACAUUAACACCAAGACACGACUACCAGUCUACGUUAGCCUGCAUUGCUUUAGCGGUGGCUCAAUCCAAUAAGGCCUUAAAUAUCUCCGAAGUAUCAGAUUGGAGAAAAGAGCACGGUAUCGAGUUACAAGACCCAACGAAUGACGACGCGAAGGAUGUCAGGACGAUGCUCUGCAUGCCAAUUGUGAAUGCCAAUAAAGAUGUUAUUGGCGUGGCACAACUAAUCAAUAAGGAAAACCGUUGUCAAUUCACCGACGGCGAUAUAUCGAUAUUCGAGGCAUUCGCCAUCUUUUGCGGUCUGGGCAUCCACAACACGCAGAUGUAUGAAAACGCUUGCAAGCUGAUGGCUAAACAAAAGGUUGCGUUAGAAUGUCUGUCAUACCACGCCACAGCCUCAGCAGAAGACACCAACAAGCUCUGUCAGGAAAUUAUCCCCACUGCUGAAACCUACAAUCUUUACAGCUUUCAGUUCCAUGACUUCGACCUUUCUGACGAAGACACGUGCAGAGCGACGCUUCGAAUGUUCCUACAGUGCAACUUGGUGGAGAAGUUCCACAUACCUUAUGACGUCUUAUGUCGUUGGAUACUAAGUGUCAAAAAGAACUAUAGACCAGUAAAGUACCACAACUGGCGACACGCCUUAAACGUAGCACAGACCAUGUUCGCGAUGCUGAAGACAGGCAAGAUGGAGCGAUUCAUGUCGGACCUAGAAAUCUUAGGUUUACUAGUAGCUUGCCUAUGCCAUGACCUGGAUCAUAGAGGAACCAACAACGCGUUUCAAACGAAAACCGAAAGUCCUCUGGCGAUUUUGUAUUCGACAUCGACGAUGGAGCACCACCAUUUUGAUCAGUGCGUCAUGAUUUUGAAUAGUGAAAGCAAUAAUAUAUUUCAGGCUCUCUCCCCAUGCGAUUAUAAAGACGUAAUGCGGGUGGUAGAAACGGCCAUACUCUCAACAGACCUGGCGAUGUAUUUCAAGAAGAAGUCCAAGUUCCUGGAGCUGGUCGACGAUGGGGAGUUCGACUGGCAGAGUCAGGAGAAGAAAGAGUUACUAUGCGGCAUGAUGAUGACAGCUUGCGACGUGUCAGCCAUCGCAAAGCCUUGGGAAGUCCAGCAUAAGGUCGCAAAGCUGGUCGCUGACGAGUUUUUCGACCAGGGGGAUUUGGAGAAGUUACAGCUCAACCAGCAGCCUAUUGCUAUGAUGGACAGAGAAAAGAAAGAUGAGCUACCUCAAAUGCAAGUAGGCUUCAUCGACAUGAUCUGCCUACCGCUAUACAGGGUGCUCUCAGACACGUUCCCCUGGAUCCAGCCUCUUUACACAGGCACCCUGGAUAACCGGAACCGGUGGCAGGACCUCGCGGAGAAGGUGGAGAUGGGGCUCACGUGGAUCGAUCAUGACACUAUUGAUAAACCUAUUGAGGAGUUUACUGCUUCCAGUGAGCCAAUCAAAGACGUGGAAUUUACAGUGACUACGUUAAACUGCGCUAAGACCGCAGCCGAAACAUCUGUGGCUCUGGCCAAGCCUAUAAAGACUCCUUUCCACUCGCUAAGAAGGGGGAAGAGUGGGAAUUUUACAUCUAGGUCAGCAAGGAGCAAACUUACUAGAUCAAUGUACGCGGCGCCCAGCUACCGGGAGGAGAGGUCAAGCAUAAAGCGGCCGGAGAGCCAGCCGCCGGUGCCAGAAGAACCGGAGAAGACUAGCAAGACUAAACAAAAAGGCCGCCUGUGCCAUAUGUUGUGACGUUUAAGUUUUAACUG